AGACUCUUUCCCGCCCCCCCUGAGUCUGUGCUUUCCUGCCUGCUUUCUCUUUCUUUUCUGGCUCAGCCUGGGACAGAAGCCUCUAUCAGAGGAGGCUCAGGUCUUGCAGUUUAAAACCAGUAAUGGAAAAACACAAGAACGUUUCCUGGAUCCACCAGCAGGAACUGGCAGAUCCAUCCCAGAAAUACCUGAACAGCACCGAGGACUACCUGGCCUUCCUCUACGGGCCUCCACGCAGCCACUUCUUCUUCCCAGUGACUGCAGUGUACGCGCUGAUUUUCGUCGCGGGAGUCGUCGGCAAUUUCCUGGUGUGCCUGGUGAUUCUUCGGCACCAGGCUAUGAAGACGCCCACCAACUACUACCUGUUCAGCUUGGCCGUCUCCGACCUCCUGGUCCUGCUCCUUGGGAUGCCCCUGGAAGUCUACGAGAUGUGGCGCAACUACCCCUUCCUGUUUGGGCUGGUGGGCUGCUACUUCAAGACGGCCCUCUUUGAGACGGUGUGCUUUGCCUCCGUCCUCAGCGUCACCACGGUCAGCGUGGAACGCUACGUGGCCGUCCUCUACCCGUUCCGGGCCAAACUGAGGAGCACCCGGCGGCGGGCUCUCAGGAUCCUUGGCCUCGUCUGGGGCUUCUCUGCCCUCUCCUCUCUGCCCAACACCAGCGUUCACGGCAUCAAGCUGCACUACUUCCCCAAUGGGUCCUUGGUCCCGGGCUCCGCCACCUGUGCGGUCAUCAAGCCCAUAUGGAUCUACAAUUUCGUCAUCCAGGUUACCUCUUUCCUCUUCUACAUCCUCCCCAUGACUGUCAUCAGUGUCCUCUACUACCUCAUGGGGCUCAAACUAAAGAAGGACCAACUGCUUGGGGCAGAUGAAAUGACUGCAAAUAUUCAAAGACCUGCCAGAAAAUCAGUCACCAAGAUGCUAUUUGUCUUGGUCUUAGUGUUUGCUGUCUGUUGGGCCCCAUUCCACAUUGAUCGGCUUUUCUUCAGCUUUGUGGAGGAGUGGACUGAAUCCCUGGCUGCUGUGUUCAAUCUCAUCCAUGUGGUGUCAGGUGUCUUCUUCUACCUGAGCUCAGCCGUCAACCCCAUUAUCUAUAACCUACUCUCGCGCCGCUUCCGGGCAGCAUUCUGGAAUGUGAUCUCUCCCUGCAAACAGGGGCACUCUCAGCACCACCAACAGGGGCCACCUGCCCAGCGGAACAUCUUCCUGACAGAAUGCCACCUUGUGGAGCUGACUGAAGAUGCAGGUCCCCAGUUCCCUUGUCAGUUAACCGUCAGCAGCUCGCACUCCCCUACAGCCGUCUGUAGUGGACAGGCACCAUGAAAGGGACACUCAAAGAGUUGACAUUCCUUUAUGCCACCAUACUACAGGAAGGGACACCCUGUAAAAUUUAUGCCUUCUUACAUGAUAGUAGGGAGGUAAAAUGAGUCUUACAACUUAUAUACCCACUUCUAAAUGUGUGUGUGUGUGUGUGUGUGUGUGUGUGUGUAUUUAAACAAAUUGCUACCAAAUCUGUAUCUAAAACCCAGAACCUUCUGAGUUUUAGCUUCCUUUCCACCAUCCUAACUGCCUCAUGCUCCUUCACUAGUUCAUGGAAAGAAAAAAAAAAUCAUGACCAGUAAAGAAUGACACCUAUACUUUGAGUGAUUUUCACUUUUGGAAACAGUUUGUCCUGAGUCAUCCAUACUCUGAGUCAGGCUCUAACUCUCACAACCAAUGGCCCCUGUGAGAUAUAAAAGGAAGACAUGUAGAUGGUAUGUUACUUUAUAUGACUCACAGGAACCAUACCAGUGUUCUUCCACAGCAAACUUUUUAUCCUACUGCCUCAUAUUUGGCCUUUUUAAUAUGAUACAUUAGAAUUUUGAAGCCUCUUACUUGAAGAAUCCUCCUGAUAAUAUGGGGAUGCUCCUUAGAACUAUUUAUUCCCACUUUCCUAAUCCGCACAUCAUUCUCAGUCAUUCCUCACCAGGAAUCAGAUCAGAUAUAAGUUCUACUUAGAAAAGAAUGGGAAGAUGGAGAAGGCCAUGGUGGAGGGUCAAAAGAGAUAUAAACUAUACCAAACACAGGCUUAGUUGUUUUCAUAGUUUUGUCUAGACAUGGAUUUCUGAAGUCUUACUUCAUACAUAGAGGUAUGGUCUACUAUCUAGGGAAAAAAAAACAAUCAUAUAGUAACUACUAGUCUCAAUCCUAUGACUUUCGCUGACUAAACCCUUCAUUACCUAUAUAACACUCUUUGCACAUAUAAUAAAAAUCAACUUUCCAGACUCCUCUUCUAUUAUAUAAUCACAUGUAAUGUAUAUUCUAUUCAAAAUAGAAUACUUGCUUUUCUUAUGAAAAUAUGCCCUGGUUAUUCUGGCUGCACAUAUUUGCUUAUAAAAUUCCCUCUUUGUCUCUAGUUUCCAUCUGUUGCUGUCCUACCCAUCCUUCAAUGCCCAUCUCAGUGUGUCACCUCCAUAAAACCCUGCUUGAUUUAUUCAAAUAGAUGUGGUAUCUGACUUGUCAAUCUCUCUCUUAAGCUUUUUCCUCACUCUGCUUCAUAUUUCAGGGAUUUAUAUCCUUGUUUUGUCAGAAUGUAAAUUUUUCAAAAGCGUGAAGUAUCUUGUGUUCAUUUUUGCUGUUGCUGGGAUCCUGGUAGUAUAUCUGUCACAAUGGUAGAGGUUCAAUAAAUAUGUGGUGAGUUAGUUGAACUCACAUUCCAGUGUGCUGAGCCAAAGAACAGCUCCAGAUGAAACCACAUUAAGAGCCAAAGACUAAAAUUCUGUUUCUGACCGGGAUAUCUUUCAGUUCACUGUUUAACCAGUUGUGAUUGUAACACCAUGCCUUGCUGUGCCCACAGUACCAGAAGGUUCUUCCCAACCCCAGAUUCUUACUGAUGCUGAAACAUACAAGUUCCAGCUUUUAGUCUCUGAAUUUUCCCUAAAUUGAAUGAACCAUCCUACUGAUAAACCAUCCUGUUAUUGGUCUCUGACAUCAUUAUUUCCUAACUGAACAAUCAUCUUCAAAGUGAUUCAAUAUAUAUUUUUAAAAAUCUCUUUGCUAAUUAACAGCCAACUUUAAUGAAUCAGAAUUCUCCAGUGAUGGUUUAUGUUGGUGAGCAGAAUCCUUGGGUCAUUUGGGGAUUAAGUUGAAAAGACUCAGCAAAGCAAAACUCCAGAAAUGGAAGAGAAAUGAAUUUCCUUCUCAUCUUUUAGAGACCUUCUCAAAUGAAGAUCUAGUAAAGUCAUCAUCUUUAACAUCAACUCCCAGUGACCAGGACUAAAUAUGCUGCUGGUGUAGGUAGAUGGAUAGA